AUGGGUUUUUGCUCUUCUGCCUGGCCGAGCCCAAAUGUUAUUGAACACAACAAAGCAAUCCAUAGAUGCAGAGAACAGUGGGCAGAUGCUCUCCAGCUUCUCCAGGAAACCGAAAUCAGAUGCUUCCAGCGCGACUUGGUCACGUGCAACUCCGCACUGGGUGCGCUGGAGAAAGCUGGCCGGUGGAAGCAUGCUGUACAUGCUGCAUGUGACAUAAAAAAGCGCCACAUGGAAGGUGACGUAAUCACUGUUUCGACCAUAGCCAGCUCUUACCGUGCGAGUGGAUCUUGGCGAGAGGCUUUGGCGCUCCUGAGGGAGAGUGGGAACCGUAAACUGCAGGUGAACACGUUGACGUGCAAUGCAGUUCUCGCUGGGUUAGAGAGGGCAGCUCAGUGGUCACAGGCUUGCGGCCUAUUGCAUACAAUGCAAAAUGCAUCGACACAGGCCACCAUUCUGACAUUCAACUCGUUCAUAAGCUCUUGCGGACGGGGUGCAGAAACGUCGAGAGCCCUGCUACUGGCACGGAGCAUAAGCGAGCUUCACUUGCAGCCCACCAUUGUCACGUAUAGCGCUGCAAUAAGUGCCUGUGAAAGUGCAUCAGACUGGGAGGCUGGCCUCGAGAUGCUCAACGCAGUUCGAUGUGAGCAGAUUCAAACGAAUGUCACCACGUGCAGUGUCACCAUCAGUGCAUGUGGAAAGUGCGCCAUGUGGCUGCGAGCUUUGCAGCUUCUGAGGGAGAUGGGAGUGUUAAAUGUGGAGCCAAACACGAUAACAUACAGCUCGGCCAUUACGGCUUGCGAAAGAGCUGCUCAAUGGCGAUGUGCUCUGCUACUGCUCGAGGAGAUGGAUCAGAUGCAAGUUGUACCAGACGUUAUUACGUAUAAUUCAACAGUCAGUGCAUGUGAGAAGGCUGGGAAAUGGCAAACGGCCCUCCACCUGAUGUGCAAUUUGUAUGGGCGGGCGAGUCUCUUGCCAAACACCGUCACGCACAAUGCAGUUCUCUCGGCGUGUGAGAAAUCAAGUGAGUGGCAGGUGGCCGUCUGGCUUUUGAAAGAAAUGAAGCAGAAUGAGUUCCGACAGGACGUCGUUACGUCGAACGCCGUUCUCUCGGCUUGCGAAAAGAGAGCGGAGUGGGAACACGCACUGUCCAUAUUGCGAGAGCUUGGCAUCUCGCGUCUCGAGGCAUCUCUCGUCACCUACAACUCCUGCAUCAGUGCAUGUGAGAAGGGCGAGCAAUGGCAGCUUGCUUUGCUGCUUCUUUUCGAAAUGAACAUGAGGUUCAUGCAAGGCGACAUCAUUACCUACAACUCGACCAUUAGCGCAUGUCAGAAAGCUGGGAAGUGGCAACAAGCCUUGUGGCUGCUGGAGGGGCUUGAAUGGCUCCAUGUUGAGAAGGAUGUUAUUACCUAUAAUUCAACAGCCAGUGCCUGCGAAAGAGCUGCCCGGUGGGAGCAUUCCAUGGCCUUGCUGAGCAACGUGUUGCGUCGGGGGGAUCCGAUUGAUGAGAUUUCCUUCAAUGUUGCCAUCACUGCGUGUUGGACUGCCAUAAAGUCUGUGCAAAGGUUGGCAAAAGCAUGCAAAGUCAAUUUGUGCCCAAGAAAGCAACCAUUCCUCACAUAG